AUGGGACCAUCUCAGUACCGUAUCCUCACCACCCUCACUCUUCUUACCAAUAUCCUUCGGGGGAUCUUAGCGGACCAAGUCCCUAUUCAAGAACCGUCCAAGGAGGCUCUUGAUAUUCCACCCAUCGGCCUUGGGUUGUGGAAUUCGAAGGGCGAAAAUGUAAGUCAAUUCGAAGAGAGUCAACUCUCCCGUCGAACUACGAAGGCUAAGGACCAUGGUCUUUACCAGGCUACCGACGCCGUGAAAUAUGCUUUCGACGCUGGAUACAGACAUCUCGACUCAGCAGCCGCAUACGGAAACGAAGAGUUCGUCGGCGACACUCUCGCAUCUUCCAAUGUUCCACCCCGACACAAAUACUGGGUGACAUCCAAGCUAUGGAACGACAUGCACCAGCCGAAACUCGUCGGGAAGGCCCUGAACAAAACUCUCAGCGACCUCGCCAUCCCCUACCUGGAUCUCUACCUCAUGCACUGGCCGGUGGCAUUCCUCCCCAACACGGCGCCGGGUCGGACGAUCAUUGAUCAAGAUACAAGCAUCAUGGACACGUGGCGGGCCAUGGAAGACCUCGUCCGGGCCAACCUGACGAGAUACAUUGGAGUGUCCAACUUCAGCCCACGCCAGCUAGACGAGGUGCUGAAGGAUUGCGAGAUAUGCCCGUUCGCACACGAGUUCGAGACGCACCCGUACCUGCAGCAGCAGCAGUUCGUCGACUGGCAUGCCGAGCAGGGCAUCAAGGUCAUCGCCUAUAGCCCGCUAGCCAACAUGAACCCGACGUACAAGAAUCGGUAUCCCAAACUGGAUCCUAUUCUGCAGGAUCCGUUCUGGACAGAUAUGGCCGGCAAGAAAAAUGCUACACCGGCUCAGGCGAUCCUGGCUUGGGCCAUGCAGAGAGGCACCGUGGUGAUCCCGAAGAGCAUCCAUGAGAAAAGGAUCGUCGAGAAUUGGGGGAGUCUGAAGAUUUGUUUCUCCGAAGACGAGAUGUUGAACAUCACGGAGCAAGAUAAAAGGUCGAGGUUCAAUGAUCCGAGUAAGAGCUGGGGAGUGGAAUUGUUUGAGGGCUUGGAUGAUGGAUCGAACAGGUUCCUCUGGGGUUGA